AUGCUACCUCGCAAAACCAAAAAGACUGUGGGUUCAGUUCUCGGUAAAAAACAAACACUCAAAAAUACACAACAUUCAAAACAGAAGAAAAAUAUUAAGCGUGUUGGAGCAGACACGUCCUCAGCGUCAUCAUCUCCUGCAACAAUCACACUUCGCCGUAGUCGUCGUCAUUUAAAGGAAAACAGUGUGACAGCAACAAUCUCGACAACUUCCACUGAAAAUAUUGAAAUAUCCCUACCACUAUCAUCAUCAUCAUCUUCCAGUAUUGCUAUUAAUAAAACGUAUCCACUACGUUCAAGAUUAAGAGAAAGCUUAUUAGCGUCGUCGCCCGUCGUGGCUACAACUGUUGGCCGCUUGGAGUUGACCACUCGACGAAAUACAACAGCAUCACCAUCAAUAUCAUCAUCAUCAACAACAACUAGAGCAAAAAAUAAAUAUUCGAUGGGAAUAAGAAAUGGCAAAACAUUGCGUUCAUUAACUGGUGUUCAAACACAAGAUUUAACACAAUCAUUUUCCUCAACAUCUCUGUUGUCUCUUCAGUACAACAAUAAUAAUAACAACAAUAAUAAUUCAAAUUAUUUUUGGUCACCUUUUUCAAAUCAUUUAACAAUCACAAAUCAUCCAUCGUUGGAACCACAUCAACAUUUUCCAGUUCGCCUAGACAUUUUACUUGAUCGACCACCGUGUCAACGUGAGAAACAGAUAGAAUACGGUUGGAAUCAAGAUGAUAAAUCAUUAAACAUAUUUGUGAAACAUAAUGAUCCAUGUACAUUUCAUCGACAUCCUGUCGCACAAAGUACAGAUGCAGUACGUUGUAAAAAAGGAUUUAAUACUGGUAUACAUGUUUGGGAACUCGAAUGGAAUACAAGACAACGUGGCACACAUGCAGUUGUUGGUGUCGGCACAAUAAAAGCAUCGUUACACUGUCCUGGCUAUCAGGCAUUAGUCGGACGAAAUGAAGAAUCAUGGGGUUGGGAUUUAGGACGAAAUAAAUUGUAUCAUAAAGGUGUUAAUAGUGUUUAUCCAUCAACAACAUCAGCAGCGCAAACAAAUUCAUCAUCAUUGGAUGCUGAUGCUUUAAAUAAUAAUGGUCAAACUUAUCCAACUACAUUGAAAUCUGAUGAAAGUUUUGUUGUUCCUGAUAAAUUUCUUGUUGUUUUGGAUAUGGAUGAUGGAACCUUAUCAUAUAUUGUCGAAGGACAAUAUUUGGGUGUAGCAUUUAAUGAUCUCAAAGACAAAGGUACAUUGUAUCCAAUGGUAUCAUCUGUAUGGGGACAUUGUGAAAUAACAAUGCGUUAUAUUAAUGGAUUAGAACCUGAACCACUUCGUUUAAUGGAUUCGUGUCGUCGUUCAAUUCGAAAACAAUUAGGCAAAAAUCGUUUACAUUUAGUUCAUAAACUUCAAUUACCAAAUUCUUUACGUGGUUAUUUGUUAUAUCAAUAA